ACAAAUCCAUGUUGUUUGUUUGAUGCAUGCAUUUUGUCAAUCGACGUGACCGCUCGAUUGACGGGGUCUGUCUCGUGCUGGCCUGUACAGUCGAAACUGACUUGAUGACACAUAGUGUGUUAUUAGACACUUGGAAGGUCGAUAGUGCAAUAAAGAAUUGUGUAGCUUAAGACACUUUAUCAGGGGCUUUUGGUAGCUCAUCGUUGUUUAAGGAUGUGGCUAUUUCUUCUUUGUUCGACAAUUUAAAAUUUAAAAAAAAAAAUUGUGAAACAAAAGCUUUAAAAAAAGUUUAAAAAAAAACUUUCUUUAAAAGAUUCGUUCAAAUGAAUAAAAGGGUUCAAAAUAAUGUUCACAUUUCUUAAAAUGCUAUUUUGUUGUUUUAUUUUUCUAUUGUAUUUCACUUUUCUUCUAGAUAAAAACUCAUUGAUUAAGCUUAAAAAUGAUCUUCACAUCUCCACUGUGGUUUGCGCUGGUUAUUUUAAUUGGAACAUCUGCAGCAUUAACAGGUAUCAGUUUGAAAUCUACCAACUACCCUCGGGGUGAAGUUGUUCAUGAAUGGAGCACCCUCGAAUACGAUUGGCCCUCUGACGAAGUGAAGGCCGAUUACAUCAAACGAGGCUGGUACGAACCCAACAGAAGCCUCCUCUCCGGGAUCGACGUGUACAACGAUGAAAUCUACGUGACGGCUCUUCGAAUUACGCCCGACGUGCCUUCGGGGCUCAACAAGGUGGUGGUGAAGAACGGGAGGUCUCUACUGCAGCCGUUCCCAAGCCUUGCUGCGAACGAGCUGGGGAAGUGCGAGAGUUUGCAGUCGCCCUUCGCCAGCCAGACCGACCCCAAAACGGGGCUUAUGUACGUCUUAGACGUAGGGAGAACCUGGAGGGGUCCACCAAACCCGUAUGCACCCUGUCCGCCGAAACUGGUGGUCUUUGAUCUGAAAAAGCAGGGAGCGCUCGUCAGAAAACACGAAUUUCCGGAAAGUCUGGUGCCGAAGAACGUCAGCAUCCUCGAUGACCUUGUGCUGGACUACGUCACCAGAAAAGGUCAGGAGGUCAAGUACAUUUACAUAACGGAUGUCGGAAGCGUUCAGAUCAUCGUAUUUGACCUCGAGACCAACAGCUCAUGGUCUUUCUUUCAUGAGUCUAUGAAGACAGACGAGGACAGUAUAAUUAAUAUUGAUGGCGUCAACUACCCCCAGAUGCAGUUUCCGGUGGACGGCAUUGCCAUUGACCCUGAUUUCCUGUCCGUCUAUUAUUGUCCGGUGGGUGGCAAAAAACUCUUUCAGAUCCCCACAUCCGUUCUCAGAGAUCCCUACGGGGAUUUCGCUUGCAAAGUCCGCCUACUUGGUAAUAAGAUUUCAAAUGCUGACGGUCUUGCAUCUGGUCAAUCGAGCAUCUUUUACGGGGCCUUGACACUGAACGCUGUCUAUAAGUAAGAAUACUGUAAUGUACCAAAUGAAAUAUGUGAAUAGAAAUAAUUUGAUUUUACAUUUAACUCAUUUUGAAACAUGAUUUGUUCUUGUUGCCUUUUACUUAGUUUAUUUUAAACUAUCCUGCCCCCCCACCCCUUUUCACAAGUUUUAUAAAAUUAAAUUCCAUUUUCGUUCCAUCGACACAAAAUUGUCAUAAAAUAUGUAGUCGCCUUUGUAAUAAAUUGUCACAAAAUAUGUAGUCGCCCAUUAAAAUAAAUUGUCACAAAAAAUGCGUCACCUAUAUAUUAAAUUGUCACAAAAUAUGUAGUAACUUAUAUAAUAAAUUGUCACAAAUAUGUAGUCACCUUUGUGAGAAAUUGUCACAAAAUAAGUAGUCGCCACUAUAAUAAAUUGUUACAAUAUAUGUACUUGCCUCUAUAAUAAAUUGUCACAAAAUAUGUAGUCACCUAUAUAAUACAUUGUCACAAAGUAUCAGCCCGUCCCUUCUAGAUGCUUGACGUCACUUCGUGCAUGGUUUCCAGCUUUACCUUAAGAUGAUACAAAGGUAUAUUUUCUUGUUGCGAUUACACAGUUUAAAUGAAGUUGUUAAUUUUCCUCAAGACUAUGUUUCUCUUAUAUUAAAGUAAACAGUUUUUGGAAUGCCACGACUGUAACUGAACAUUUUUUGUUUGGCUCUCUCCUAGGUGGGAACGCCUCAAAGAUCGGGAAGACCAGGGAGUUCCGGAGGGGGGCGUGACCAUGGUGACCCAGACCGAGGUCGUUCAGAACGUGACCACCUACAGUUUCGUUGAUAGCCUGAAGGUGGACGACAAGGGCUACCUGUGGUUCACGUCCAACAGAGCGCAUCUCUACCAGUCGGCCACCAUGGACUUCAGCGGGGCGAGUGGGAGUAACUUCAGGGUGUGCCGGGUCUACGUCGGCGAGUACUCCUAUUUGUGGAAGGGUCCCGCCGCUGUGGUCGGUUAAAAGCUUGAACUGAAAUCCUCCCCGUGACGAAAUCUAAACGGAAAGAACUUUCAAACGGACCCAAGUUUAAGUCAGCUUGACCCCAUCUCUUUUUGUCUAUUUAAGGUACCUUAGCCGUCAUCUCCAUUUGUAUUUAUGGCAAAAUAUUUUCCUUAUGAAAUUCCCACAAAUCUACUUUUCGGAUCAAACCCUCUGAGUGUCAGUGUUAAAUUGUUUAAAAUCUAAAAGUUGCUUGUUUAUAUUGUAUAAACAUUUACGUUCGGAUUUUAUCUCUAACGGU